CAACCGUGUGAGAGAGCGUUUUCCAAAAUUGGGUCCCGCGCUAUAGUGCCUACCUAGAUACCAAGGGAGAAAUGCAUCGCCUCAUAUCCACGCAGAUCACGGAGUUACGCAUAUAACUUGCGUUCGACAUCUACCUAUUCGUCAUCCCCAUAUGCCUAUGCGACUUCAGCUUUACUUUCUGUAGUCAAGAGCGUCGGAAAAUUCCACCCUUGCUCAUCAUACCUAAACGCGCAACCCCGGUCAUGGACGCGACACAAGACGGGCGGGCCAGCUCGUCCUCGUCGGUCUGCUCCCCAUCCUCGUCGGGCUUCGGCUCCGGCGCCAGCGACGACGGGGCCAUCGACCCGCGCACGGGCAUCGACAUGCAGCUGCCGCGCAGCGCGCCGGGGCUGGGCCGGUUCGCGGGCGGGUGCUGCAUGAUGCGGGCCUCGUUCGCGCUCUACAGCGUGGUGCCAGGCAUGUCCGAGGACCGGCUCGAGGACCUGGCGCUGCACCUGUCGGGCGAGGCCCCGCGCCUCGUGCCCCGCUACGUCCACCACUGCGAGACCAUCGACCUCAUGGACCCGGGCGAGCCCCUGCCGCCCGAGGAGCUAGACGAGCUGGACGAAGAGGUCGAUGCCGGUGGGGAUGGGAACGGCAACGGUGGCGACUACUUUGGGGAGGCCAAGAUCUUUGGCGAGGCGACGGCUCGGUUCGCCCCUGGCGCCGGCGGCUGGGGUCGGGGACGGGCCGGGCGCAAAGAGAGGAUCAUGUCGGCUGCCAUGAUUGACCCCCUGGACGAGAGCUUUGUCGACGCGGUGGUCGGAGGCCUGUCCGCUACAUACAAGCGAGCAGGCGUCCCGCGCGCGCCGCCGCCGCCCGGUUCCGGUGUAGGAAGCGGCCGCAGGGCCAACAAGAUGGUCGAGUUCUUCCUCGGGCGGCAGCAGGGAAACGACGAGGCGGCCGAAGGGCCCGCCGGCGCCGGCGACGGGGGGUACCAGAGCAGCAGCAAGCUGUCCCCGAGCCCCACGACCGCCUUCACUGCCUCUCGCAAGCUGUCCAGGUCGGGCUGGAACAACAACGGCGCCUCGACGUCGGGGGCGUCGAGGCGCUCGUCGGUGAUGUCCCACGGCUCGCCGCUGGAGCAGCAGCAAAAAGCCCCCUCGCGGCCGGGCGGCAGCAGGCGGCAGCAGGCGGGUGCGGCCCGGCAACAGCAGCAGCAACGGCGACCGACGUCGACGGGCAUGUACCUAACAGCGGGCGCCGGGGCGGCGUGCCGGCGGGCGACGUUGGAGCUGGUGCGGGUGCCGCGGCCGCCCGAGGACGACAAGUUCUGGCGGCCCCCGCCGCUGGUUCGGCCGGCGACACUGACGCCGCUGCUGGGCGCCGUGGGCUCACUGCGCGUCGUGCUGCUCACUCACAUGGCCAGCGAAAAGGACCCGCGUCCUUCGAGGCACGGCGGGCCCGACAACCUCGCCAUCGUGCCAUGGGCCUUCCUCGUCGUCUUUCGCGACGAGCUGAUCGACGACGACGACGACGACUACGACGGCAACAACCGCGGCGGCGGGAGAAGUGGUAUGCGCCUCCCCGGCAGCAGGCGGGACCCUGCUGCGGUUGCUGCUGCUACCAGCCCCCCUGUGGGCUCCCCUGCACCCAUGAUGGAGCCGAUGGCAGAGGCAGCUGCCGAGUCGCCAGAGGCGGCCGCCGAGUCGCCAGAGGCGGGCUCGGAAGAAAGCAGCAGCGACGAAGAGGCCGCCGAGCAGGAGCAGCCGCAGCCGCAGCCGCAGCAGCAGCAACAAGAGGAAGAAGGACAGCAACAAGAGCGGCCGCGCGGACCGCACUCCCUCAUGGUGGUCUACGGCGACGUGGCGGGGCUCGCGCUGGGCACGGACCGGACGGUGCCCAUCGACUGCUUCUUCUUCCACCCAAAGUUUACGCAGGUCAUGCUCUCGGCCGUGCUGCUCGGCCACCGCUCGCUCAUGGACGCCAAGGUGUACUACGACGUGGACGGGGAGAAUUACGACGAGGAGCUGUGCUACGACCUCGAGCACUGGUAAAAAAAGAAGAAAAAAAAAGAAAAAAAAGGGCGACAUGCAGGCAUGGGAGAAAGAGUGGAUUAUCAGGUGAUCUAGAGCACAAGUAUGUACCUGUGGAGAGUAGAGAGUAGACCCCUGCGCAGUAUUCUUGCGAGCAAAGAAUUACCAUCCCGGUAUCCACUAUCAUCAAACUUAAAAGCCC